ACUACUGGACAAAAUUAAGGCCUAGAUUAUUUUUGUGGUUUCUUUGCUAUUUAAAUUUACCAAAUUUUAUUUGCGUGGCUUUUGACAGGGUAAAGUUUUUUUAUAACUCAUUUUAUCAUUUUGUUAUCUUUAAAAAAAUUAAUUUGCAGGAACAAAAAUAAUGAUUUGCUACUCUGCAGAAGUAUCUGUACCAGACUUACCUCACUAAUUGUGUGCAAAUAGAACACGCAGACCUGCCAACUCUCACGAUUUUGGUGUGAGGCUCACGAUUUUAAGGUCCAUCUCACGCCCUCACGCCAAAAUAGUGUUUCCUCACGAUUUUUCGGGGCCCCAAGAUUUUGUUUGUAAAAGUUACAAAACAAGUUUUACGAAAGCUUACAGUAACGAGUUUCCAUCAAUACUGGAGUCACGUAAAGGAAGCAAUUUUGCGUUUUGUAGCGUGUGCCGUGCUGAUUUUUCUAUCUCGCAUAGUGGAAGAGGAGACAUUGUGAAACAUAUCACUACAAAAAAACACAUCUAACACGUGAAGUGUAUUGCUUCCAAUAAAAAAAUUAAUUUUUCUGUGAACAGUGAUAAUAGUGUUACACGAGCAGAAUGUUAUUUUACAUCUUUUUUAGUUGCGGCCCUGCAUGAUCACUACACGACAGCGCUAAAUUAUGUUCAACUAGAUUAAAUCUGCAACCUAUAAUUUGUUGAAAUAAAUUUUGAAGCAGAGACCAUGUAACAUAUGUACAGUCAUUCUUCAGAGGAUCCUGGAGUAGAUCCCAGUUUGAUAGAGGGAAUAAAAAAGUUGAAUGAAGAACAUAGUUACCUCAUAUCCGGGUAUGUAGAAGAAGAUUCAGAAGAGAGUCAGAAUGACUGGUCAGAAGAUGAAUAUAUUGAGUACACUGUCAAGUCAGGAUCAACGGGCCAGAAGAACAGAAUACACGAGAUUCCCGACUCCUCCUGCCAGGCCGGAACGGACCGGCUGUCCAAUUACCAACCACCAGACAAGUUGUUCCGACGAUACGUGAACAAAAUCAACAUGGAGAAGUACGAGGGGCCGUCCCUUUCGUGCCAUGCGGAAAACGCUCUCAUACGGAAUGACAGGAAGUUGGAGGCUGACAGGAUGCGGGUGAAGGACAAGCACGACCGGGCGACGGCGGAGCAGGUGAUGGAUCCUCGCACCAGGAUGAUCCUCUUCAAGCUGCUGAACCGCGGCGCGAUCCACCAGAUCAACGGCUGCAUCUCCACCGGCAAGGAGGCGAACGUGUACCACGCGACCGGCAAGGAGGGCGAGGACAGGGCCAUCAAGAUAUACAAGACGUCCAUCCUUGUGUUCAAGGACAGGGACAAAUACGUCAGCGGGGAGUUCAGGUUCCGGAGGGGCUACUGCCGCCACAACCCGCGGAAGAUGGUGCGCACGUGGGCGGAGAAGGAGAUGCGCAACCUGGUGCGCAUGUUCGCCGCCGGCCUGCCUGUGCCGGAGCCGGUGUUGCUGCGCAGCCACGUGCUGCUCAUGGGCUUCAUCGGCAAGGACGGCUGGCCUGCGCCCAAGCUGAAGGAUGUGGAGCUGUCAUCGUCGAGAGCGUGCCAACUGUACCGCGAGUGUGUCGUCAUGAUGUGGACCUUGUACAACAAGUGCAGACUGGUCCACGCAGAUCUCAGCGAGUUCAACCUGCUGUACCACAGCGGGCAGGUGUACGUGAUAGACGUGUCGCAGUCGGUCGAGCACGACCAUCCGCACGCACUGGAGUUCCUGAGGAAGGACUGCACCAACAUAACGGAGUUCUUCAGGCGGAAGGAGGUGGCCACCAUGACGGUGAAGGAGCUGUUUGACUUCAUCACGGACCCGACGGUGUCGGAGGGCAACAUGGAGCAGUACCUGGACAAAGUGUCGGAACGUGCGGCCGCGAGGUCGGCGGAGGAGGCCACGGCCCAGGAGCUGGUCGAUGAAGAAGUCUUCAAGAAUGCUUUCAUCCCCAAGAGGCUGACAGAGGUAGUGGACGUGGAGAGAGACAUCAGGAACGUAAAGUCCGGGCAAGACUGCGAGCUAGUGUACAAGACCAUCACGGGCCUGAAGGCAGACCUGUCGGGCCCCCAGACGGUCCCGGAGAUCCUGGACGGGACCAGCUCCGCGUCUGGGGAUGACAGCUCGUCAGGAGACAGAGCGAGUGACGGCACCGAUGAUGACGAGGAUCCGGGUAGCAAGUUCAGGAACAGCGCGCGUCCGAGGGAGGAAUCUCCGGACAGUAAGAAGAAAAGGAAGAAGGCAGUGAAGGAGCAGCAGGCAGAGAAACGGAAAACAAAAGUUAAGAAACAUGUUAAGAAGAGGAAGGAGAAGAUACUAAAGAAGAACAAAUAAUAGUGUCUUUUCUAAAAUGAAGAGUAAGCUUAUUAUUUAUCUGCAGAUAUCUUCAAAAAAAUCAUAAUGGAAAUGUAACCCGCUAGAAAUAAGGAAACACUGUACUCCAUGAAAUCUGAUAGUAACAAUACUCUCUGAGCGAGCUGAAACUAUCGGCGGUGCAGCAGUGCUACCGUCGGCAGCCGCAAUCCCCCGAAGGAAAUGUGAACGUGAGCGGUCCGUCUGGGGCCAGGUUACAGAGUGCCGGAUGAAAGACCUCUCGCUGUUUGAAGGAAGCAUUGAGCAGUUUGUGAAGGAGCACCACCGGAGGGAAGCUAGGUGGCGAUGCGCCGUCGCAGCCCCACGUACAGGACGAGCCGGAAGAACGCCGCCAGCCCCAGGAGGCACAGCAUCUCGCUCCACAGGGGCACCUGGUCUAUGUUCACGGUCUGCAGGAUGGUCUUGGGGUUGCGGUAGUGGCAGUACACCUCGUCGCAGUCCAGCAGCUUGCGGUCCAUGCCGAACACGGUCAGCACCAGCGCCACCGCCCCGCACCGCAUGAAGCUCGUCCUCAUCAGCACGCCCAUCCACGUGGGGAUGCUCCUGGCAAAGUCGAAGCCGUAGAUCGCGAGCCCCAGGAACGGCGCUAUCAGGGAGGGCCCCACCGCCGAGCCGUUCUGCGGACACGCCAACAUCGGUGCACUUUCCGUCAUCCGUCAUCGUACUGACUUUCAAUCACUGGAAUGAACAAGGAACUAAUAAUAAAAUAGAGUUA